AUGAACCUUCCACAAAUAGAAAGUAAUUCUUCAAACCAAGAAAAUACUUGCAGAAAGAAAUUCCAUAUUCCAUCAGAAUGGAUUAGGAAUCCAUUACUCAUGGAUUUGAUCCAGCAUCAAUAUACUGCUUCCAAUAAUUUCCAAGAAGAUUCAUUUCUGUGGAUGGAGAAAACUCUGAAAGAUAUAGAUUUGCUACUUGAAAACAAUGAAGUUUUUAUGACCGAACAACUAAUUGCUGAAACAGAUUCCAUCAAAUCUCUACUUUACGGCACCACACCUGAUUUUGUCAUUAAGAAGGGAAAUGGAAGGCAAAAAACUCUAAUUAUGGACAUUCAUGUUGGGGAAAAGGAUUUUGCAAAUGAUUUGAUCAAAGAAACAUAUAGAAAGCUCGAAUUCUUUGCUGAUUUCAAAAUCAUCACACCCUAUAAUUUCGGAAAAGAAUUGAAGAUGAUUUCCCCCGAAACGAUGUGGAUGAUCUUUACAGGAAUUAUCAAACUUUUUGGCAGAGUAUUGUUAUUGGAAGGCAUGUAUGAAAUUCAAGAAGAUUCUAGUUCAUCACGAAAAAGAGAGCAAUUAUGA